CGGCGGCGACCAGCAACUGGGCCGGCCCCGGCGACUUCCUGCCCGCGGGGCCGUCUGCGCCCGCCGUCGGCGCCGACGGCUGAAAAAUGAACCCCGCUCCCGCGCCUCCGCCGCCGGGGCAGCAGGUGAUCCACGUAACGCAGGAUCUGGACACGGAGCUGGAGGCGCUCUUCAACGCGGUGAUGAACCCCAAGCCCAGCUCCUGGAGGAAGAAGAUCCUGCCCGAGUCCUUCUUCAAGGAGCCCGACUCGGGCUCGCACUCGCGGCAGUCGAGCACGGACUCGGGCGGCCCCCCGCCGCGGCCCGUCGCCGCGCAGCACGUCCGCUCGCACUCCUCGCCCGCCUCGCUCGUGGGCUCGGGCGCGGCGCCGCAGCACGCGCACCUCCGCCAGCGCUCCUACGACGUGACGGACGAGCUGCCGCUGCCGCCCGGCUGGGAGAUGGCGCUCACGCACACGGGACAGCGGUACUUCCUCAAUCAUAUAGAAAAAAUUACAACAUGGCAAGAUCCGCGAAAAACUAUGAACCAACCGCUGAAUCACAUGAGCCACCAUCCUGCAGCCACUUCCACACCAAUACCACAGAGGUCUAUGGCAAUGUCUCAGCCAAAUCUCGUCGUGAACCACCAGCACCAAAUGACACCCAGCACAGCCAUGUCGCAGCAGAGUCGCCCUCCCCAGGCCUCGCAGCCAGGGAUGUUGAACUUGCCGAAUGCACUGACCACGCAGCAGCAGCAGCAGCAGAAGUUGCGGCUCCAGAGAAUCCAGAUGGAGAGGGAGCGGAUUAGGAUGCGUCAGGAGGAGUUAAUGCGACAGGAAGCUGCUCUGUGCAGACAGCUUCCCAUGGAUGCAGAAAAUAUGGUCCCAGUUCAGACUGCUGUGAAUACACCUGCCAUGACACAAGACAUGAGGCCUAUUACAAAUAAUGGAUCGGAUCCUUUCUUGAGCAGUGGGCCAUACCAUUCCAGGGAACAGAGUACGGACAGCGGCUUGGGAUUAGGAUGCUACAGUAUACCAACGACUCCUGAAGAUUUCCUCAGCAACGUAGAUGAGAUGGAUACAGGAGAAUCAAUAACACAAACAACAAUGAACAUAAAUCCACCACAAACACGUUUCCCUGAUUUCCUCGACUGUCUUCCAGGAACAAAUGUUGAUCUUGGGACUCUUGAGUCAGAAGACUUGAUCCCUAUUCUCAAUGAUGUGGAGUCAGUACUCAACAAAAAUGAGCCCUUCCUUACCUGGCUGUAGUCAUUCAAUGGUAAUUGGGCCUACAAUGCAAUUCAACAUUUCUUUUUCCUCUUGAGGUAGAGGUAGACUAUCUGAAAAUCCUCAAGAGAUGCAACUUACUGUAUUAAUGACUUUUAUUACAUCAUCUUUAUGGUCGGUUUAAUCUAUCUGGAUUUGAUUGACACUAAUUUAAAAUACAUAUAUCUAUUAAAAUACAUAUAUGCAUAUAUAUUUCUUCCUCUUUAAAAAAAAUCACACUACUUUACACAUUUGUGUACUUCUUUAUCUCUUCAGACCAGGCAGAAAUGUUUCACUUUAAGGACAGAAGGUGAGUGGUGUUUGUGCAUGUCUCUGACUGGUCUCCUUCAUGAAUCACAAAAGCUAACUACUAGGUCACUUAGUUCAAAAACUGUACACAGCAUCAGACCAGGAGAGCAGGUUUAUUGCUAUGUUAAUGAUAAUAGUUUCAAAAGCUUUUUUAUCAACUUACUUUAAGAAUCUUUUUUCAUUCUUAGUAACUAACUGUGCUGUGUGGAAUGCAGAUUAAAUCUGAUCCAUACCAGCCAUAAUAAUUCUCAUUAAAUAUUUGUAAAGGCACAAACAGUACUAUUGCAGUUUCUUUUUUUUCAGUAUAUUACUGUAUAGUUUUUGGAAAAUGAAUAUUUCCAGUCUGAAAGUACCAGAAUUGUUUAGCAACGUUUUUACACUACAUGAUAGUUGUAUACAACACUAUAUUGUUGCAAAGUAAACCAGACUGGUACUGACUGGUUCCUUUUAAAAACAAUGUUUUAUAAACAAGCAUUUUUAAAAAAGAUCUUAGAUUUUUAUGUUUAUUAUAUUGAGCACUACAGUUUUUUAUCUUAACACAUGAACAGGUUUUUUUUUAUAUAUAUAUAUAUAAAUCUGUGGCAAAUCUUAAAUGCAAAAACAUGCUUUUAAAAUCAAGUCUGAAAAAUGUGGCACAACUUAUGUCAUAUGUAGUGGGGAAAAAACCCUUGGUCAUACUGUUUUCAGUAAUGUUUUUAACUGACAAUGUCAAAAUACAUGUAGUUGUAUACAUGAAAAAAGGUGGUAGCUUUAUCAGGCCAACGCUAAAACAGCAUUGUAACUUGUCGGGUAAAGUUCCUUUGUUCUUGAGUCUUUCACUUACUGUAAUUGGUGCACAGGACAAGAGUCACGUUCUGUGUGUUUUUACCUGUUGUAUAUCCUACACAUGCUUCUUUAUAGGAGGUUUGGGACUGAGAAGGCAUCAAGGACAUUAAGCUUGCAGUUCCCCUGAAAUGCAAAUGAAGUCCUGAAAUUCUUAAACAUUUUGAAAUUAUAUUAUUUAUAAUCUACGAAUUUAAGCUUUUUAUAUUGAAAAAUUGGUCUUUUUAUUAAAGGCAUUAAAACUUUUCUCUCAGCUUAAUCCAGGCUAUGUAGAGAGAGGAGGAGAUGUAGCAUUCUGUGUAAAUGUGUUUGCCAGGUCUAGUAACAUGAGAUCUUACUGAUGCACCAGAAUAUUGAUCACUACAGACUUUUUUCCAUCUGGUUGGGUGAAGGUAGGUGAAAGGGUCAGAGGUGAAGUGAUGGGAAUAUGAAGUAGGUUUGGAAGACAAAUGAUUAUGUAACGGGUGUAGAUCCUUUCUGGGAAGGGUGGCUGCAAGUAGGGGUGCGCAGAAAAAGAAAUCACCAGCGUUCAGAUGAAAACAUAGCAGAAGAACUUGGUACAAUAAACUGCCUUAUCAAUGAUGAACUGCUGAGUGUAUAUGGUAUCAGAAGUUGGAAAGUGAAAAGCACACACCCCGAAAUUAAAAAGAGAUGGAAGGCAAAGACCUGCAGUCUGUGAUGAUGUUUUAUUACACAGGGAAAAGUAGCUCUUUUUAUGGUUUGGUUGUUUGUUUCUUUUUUUAAUAGAAAAUGAGACGCAACAGCAGAGUUGUGUCUGCACAAAAUUUAGUUACUGAAUGGGCAUUGUGUUUCUUUUAUUCUUUUGGAGGGGUUAUUUCUUGAGGUUUUGUAUUUUUUUUUUGCUAGUGCUAACUGUUGAGAUAGCAGAAACUUAUUUUCAACAAAAGGGGACCGGGCAGUGCUGACCAAUGUUACUGUUGUUACAAUUAAUCUCUCUUUCAAGGAUUUCUUCAGGUUGUCAGCCUAAAUGAAAAACAGAGGGUCCUAAGGCUUUGUUCUUUAGAGACAUGACUGAGUUGGGUAAAAACAACGGAGGUUUCUUGGCGUCUGGUUGUGAUGCCAGCUUGUAAAGCCAACUCAUCAGCAGUGGCCUGACAUCCUGAAAGCACUUGGUGCUAGAACAGUUCACAGCAGCUGCAGAGCUGAGCAGUAGUGCGAUGCAGCUGAUACUGCUCACCAGUAGACAAGAUUUAGAAGACACAAGUUAUUAAUUUGCUAGUAAGUCUGUACUGUUGUGAAUUCCAGAAUUUCAAUUUUGUCAUAAUAAAAGAUAUUUGCAAGCAGACCAGGUUCUCAGCUGGCACAAAUUGGCUAACCUGUGUUGACUUUUGUCUGGCUAUGCUGAUUUUCAGUGAAAAUUUCUCACGGUUAAAACUGAUGCAGUUUUCUAGUAAAGUCAUAUAUAGAUGUUUACUGGAAUCGUGAAGCCGCAGACUUGAUUUGUCCUUCUUUUUGGCAUUUCAGGUGGUUAGGUGUCUUGGUUCAAAGGCCUUAAAAGAGGUAAAGAAAUCAGAAACUGUGUAAUACUUUUAUAAUAAACCAGCAGCAGAUUUUGAACAGGAGGAUGCUAUGUGAAACGAUACUUCAUUGUAAAACAACUGCCAGAAUCUUGAGUGAGAUCUUUUCUCAGCCAUGGUUAAGUUGAAAGUGGUUAUUUAUACGGUAAGCUUUUCAUUUUUGUAAUGGAGAGAAUCUAUCAGAUGAAAUGCAGCAAAAACAAAACCUGUUUUUUAAAGUUCUCAUUUUUUAAAAGUUUCUGGCUUCAAACAGGCUGAUAACAGAACUUCUGAGUAUUCAAAGCAUACGUGAUUCUUAUGAAACUAAAUUUGUUGCUGACAAUAUUUUACUGUACUAUUUCAGAGUUUGAACAUUUACUAAAUGUACACUGUCUACUUGUAGUAUGAAGACAAUAAAUGUGCCUGCUGGACAGUUUCACUGUUGACUGUCCCUGAGGGUGGCAUGCGUAAGUCUUGGUGAUACAGCAGUAAUGGAACAUUGUUAAUUACAGUUUGUAUUCUGGUAAUACUGUUGGAAUGUAUCUUGGGGAGGGACUGGGUUUGACUUUUUGAGAACAAAUGCUGUUUCAGGGAAGGGAAGGAUUUUAAAGUCUAUUUUAAAUACAAAUAAGUGUUCAAAUAAAUUUGUUUCCUAAUACACUA